AGUUUUCCAGUAGAAGGUUGAUUAGGAAAACUACUUCUGAGCUGAUGCGAGUUAAACAGAGGAAUGGAGAAUCUCUGAAGAACUAUAUGAGCAGGUUUAAUGAUGCAGUUUUAGAGGUUAGUUCUUUUAAUCAAGCUGUGGGAAUUGCAGCUGUGAUCUUCGGUCUCAAGCAUGACAGGUUCAGAGACAGUUUGAUCAAACAUGCUGCCACCACCUUUAGCGAGGUGAACGAUAGGUCUCUGAAAUUUAUAACUGCUGAGAAGUAUGCCCUGGCGCAAAACCCACCUCCCACUAAGAACCAGCACCCAGAUUGGAGAGAUGACAAUUCGAGCAGGAAAAGGAUGAGGAUGGUGCAGAACCGAGGUCCGAUGUUGACCUCUCCACCGAGAUUCGGAAAGCCGAACUCAACACCCCCGCAACAAUCUGCAGGUAAACCUCCAGUUAAUUGGACUCCCUUUAAUCUGCCGAGGUCACAAAUUUUUAUGCAGAUCAAGAAUAAGAUGGAUUUAAGGCGUCCUGGCCUAAUGAAAAUUGCUGCUGCUAGUCGAGACCACACCAGAUAUUGUGAUUUUCAUCAAGAUCACGGCCAUACUACAGAGCAGUGCAACAGCUUAAAGUCCGAACUGGAAAAUUUAGCUCAGAAGGGAAUGCUAAAUGAGUAUGUUCAGAGAACUGAACAGCCGAGGUUUAUCAGAGAACAGAGGCCGCAGCCCCCAGGAGUCCGCAACCCCCCAAAUAGGCAAGGUGUGGGAUAUCAGCAAGCCCCACCUCUACUCCCACCCCCAGCCAGAAUCAUACACAUGAUUACGGGAGGCCUUGAAGCAGGUGGAUUGAGCUCUAAGCAGCGAAAGCUGUAUGUCAGAGAGAUUAAACAUCAAAACCGAGCUCAGAAGCGAAAGAUCGACAAUGCUGAGUGGAAAAAUCAACCCAUUACUUUCACGUCUGUUGAUCUCGAUGCAGUUGUUACACCCCACAAUGAUCCUUUGGUCACUUCUGUCAUGAUUAAUAACUGUGAAGUACAGCGUGUCCUUGUUGACACCCGGAGUGCCCCAGACAUCAUGUACUUCCACUGUUUCGAGAGUCUGGGACUGGAUCCAGCAUUGUUGCAGAAAUAUGAUGUCCGGGUCCUCGUAGUCAAAAUGGCGUCCUUCUUCAACAUUGUUAUUGGCCGACUCACGCUGACUGAAAUCCGAGCUGUGGUUUCCCAGUCUCACCUCUGCAUGAAGUUCCCGACUCCUACGGGAAUAGCAACACUACGAGGAAACCAAGAGGUGGCCAAACAUUGUUAUAUCACCUCCGUAACACAACCUAUGAAGGGCAAAGAUCCGACACCUGAGGCCAUUCCCCAACCAAUUUCUGAUAAUCAGCAAGUUAUGGGCAUUGAGAUCGUCGAUAAUCAUCCGGAAGAUAAAACCAGAGCUGCUCAGGUCGAAGAUGUUGAAGAGGUGCCCAUUGAUAACAGAGAUCCGAGCCGAAAGACGCAGAUUGGAACUAGAUUGAACCCAGAGGAACGAGCAGAGUUAAUAGCCUUUCUCCGAGCUAAUAAUGAUGUAUUCGCAUGGACUUCGGCCGAUAUGCCAGGAAUUUCGAAAUCAGUAUUCCAACACAAGCUUAGCACCAAUCCAUUGAAGAAACCAGUGGUCCAGAAGCGGCGUCUCUUCGGGGGGGAGAGGCUUCAGAUUAUUAAAGAAGAGGUAGAGAAACUUCUACAAGCUGGUUUCGUCAGGAAAGUUGAUUACUGCGAGUGGGUGGCUAACCCAAUCCUGGGAAGAAGGCAAACGGCAAAUGGCGAAUGCAAUGAGAGGUUAAGCCUCUUGGAUGCAUAUUCUGGGUAUCACCAGGUGUCGAUGGCUCCCGAAGACGAAGAGAAAACCUCGUUCUAUGCUGGCGAUGAAAUCUAUUGCUAUGUCAUGAUGCCAUUUGGCUUAAAGAACGCUGUAAAGAGCCGGAAAGCAGAAGACCAUCUAGCUGAUCUCGACGAAACCUUCAACAACCUCAGAAAGAACAGGAUGCGGUUGAACCUAGCCAAAUGCAUCUUCGGAGUGGAGUCCGGAAAGUUUCUAGGUUUCAUGGUGUCUCGAAGAGGGAUUGAGGUCAAUCCAGAGAAGAUCAGAGCCAUUGCUGAUAUGGAACUGCCAAAAUCAGUAAAAGAUAUACAGAGAUUGCCUGGAAGAGUGGCAGCUCUUCAUCGAUUCAUAUUGAAGUCAGCAGAUAAGUGCCUGCCAUUCUUCAAGAUUAUGAGGUCGGCCGCCCAGAAGGAUGAAUCAGGAAAACAGAAGAAAUUUGAAUGGAGUCAGGAGUGCCAAACUGCAUUCGACGAGCUGAAGUCUUAUCUUAGCUCGCCACCUCUACUGACUAAGGCCAUCGAUGGGGAAAUUCUUUAUUUGUAUCUGGGAAUUUCAAAUGAAGCCAUUAGUUCGGUUCUGGUAAAAGAAGAAACCAAGCAGCAGAAACCAAUCUACUAUAUCAGCAGUGUACUGCACGGGGCAGAGCUGAGGUAUCCCAUAGUUGAGAAAGCAAUAUUAGCAGUUGUCACUUCGGCCAGAAAGUUGAGGCCAUAUUUCCAGUCACACCCAAUUAUCGUUCUAACAAAUCAACCUCUCAGGCAGAUUUUGCAGAAACCAGAGUGCUCUGGAAGAUUAAUCAAGUGGGCAGUAGAACUGGGGGAGUUUGAGAUAACGUUUCAGCAGAGAUCGGCCAUCCAAGCUCAAGCAUUACCAAAUUUUAUUGUCGAAUGUACUCCAUGUCCUUCAACCUCUAAUUCAAAGCCCAAUGACUGGACCUUAUAUGUUGACGGAGCAUCUAGUAGCAAGGGUUCAGGGGCUGGCGCUCUCUUGAUUGAGUUGAAAAUUAGUGCAAUUCAAGUAUACAGUGACUCCCAGUUGGUGGUAAACCAAAUCAACUCAAUCUGCGAAGUUGUUGAUCCUAUGAUGGUGAAGUAUGUAGCCUUGGUGGCUGAGCUGAAGUGCAAAUUCCAGAAAUUCUGUCUGAGCAAAAUCCCCCGAACCGAGAAUGAACAGGCAGAUUCACUCUCCAAGUUUGCCUCUGAUAGCUCUUUAAGUUCCAGAUCUAUUUUUGUCGAGGUCCUAGAUGAACCAAGCUUCAUGAAGCCUUGGGUGAUGGAGAUUAGCACAAACCCUGAUGCACCGAGCUGGACUGAUUCAAUCAUCUCCUUUUUGCGAGAUGGGAUAGCACCUGAGGAUAGGCAGGAGGCAAUGAAGUUGAGAAAGAAAGCAUCUCGGUAUACACUCGUUGAUGGGGUCUUAUAUAAGAGAUCUUUCUCACUUCUUCUUUUGCGAUGUUUGAAUCCCUAUAAAGCUGAAUAUGCACUUCAAGAGGUGCACGAAGGUGUCUGUGGAAGUCAUAUCGGUGCUAGGACUCUAGCUCACAAAGUCUUAAGGCAAGGAUAUUACUGGACAAACAUGCAUAAGGAUGCCACCUACUUUGUUCAGAAAUGCCCGAAAUGUCAAUUCUUUGCACAUCUGACUCACCAACCAGUAGAGGAGCUCACGAACUUGGUAGCACCAUGGCCAUUUGCUAACUAUGGGAUCCCGAAUCAGAUUGUGGUCGAUAAUGGAACUCAAUUCAAUUGCUCCUCAUUUCGAGAUUUCUGUUCCAGUUAUGGGAUCAAGUUACAAUUCACCUCCGUUUAUCAUCCGGAGUCCAAUGGUAUGGUUGAAUCUGUUAACAAAUGCAUUUUGGAAGGUGAAACACCCUACCACUUGGCCUUUGACACCGAAGCAGUCAUUCCCGUUGAAAUAGGAGUCCCAAGCUUCCGGGUCACCCAUUUCGAUGAAGGACGAAAUGGACAGCUGCUUCGAGAAAACCUUGAUCUGCUUGCCAAAGUUAGAGAAGAAGCUCGGCUUCGAACUCUUGUGUAUAAGCAGAAACUAGCCAACUUCUACAAUAAGCGGGUCCGCCCUCGAACAUUCAAAGUAGGAGACCUUGUUCUCAGAAAAGCUGGCCUAAUAGGGUUUGAAACUCGUUUUGGCAAAAUCGCCCCAAAUUGGGAAGGCCCUUAUACUGUGGCCGAGGUGCCACAUCCUAGUGCCUAUGUCCUCCAAGACCAUGAAGGAAAGAGAGUUCCUAGAGUCUGGAAUGUCAAUAACUUGAAGAAAUUUUACCCCUAAUAAAAUUCUUUCAAAUGAUCUAUGUCUUACUAUUCUUUACGCUUCUCACUUCGUGUUUGUUGAGAUUCAUUUUACUUCUUAUUCUGUAUACCCGAGGUCAAUUAGUUCUUUCAUUCCUUGAAACCUCACCUCUAAUUAAUAAAUGUCACUUCACAUA